AGUUGGGGUAAAUUUUGGGAGAAGAUUUCAAAUUUGGCGGCGGAAUUUUAAAAAUAAAAAUAAGUGAAGAGGGUUAGUCGUGAUGGGGAUUGUUGACGGUGAGGAUGUCGCUGGGGGGAGGAGGAGUCGCGGUCAGACGCCGGAUCGGUUGGAUACUACGGCGAAAAGUGGGGGUGGUGGGAGCAAUCCGCACAGUCGGCGCGGAUCGCACCUCCUAGUCGCAGCGGGGAUUGGGAUCGAGCAGAGGAGGAAGUUGUCCCAGCAGAAUGCGGAGGCGCACGGGAAGGUGUUUCAGCAGGGGAAUCAGGUGUACAUCGAGGACAAGGACGGCAACGUGACGAGGCUGGAAGUGGUCGAGGUGGCGGAGAAGAUGGGCCUCCUGCGGAAAGCGGUGCCCACGCUGCCCGUCUUUUUUGCCAUUAUUUUCUGCCUGCUGAACACAAUUCUGCCAGGAACAGGUGGAAAUUCCGACUUUUUUGAAAUGGGUGUGGCUUCUGGUGGGUGUGGUCCAGAGGGGUGGCUUUGGUAUCAUAGGGUUACUACGACCAAGACCUUUCUAACGAUACCCCACUCGAUGGGUUACCGCGACAAUAAAAAUUUUGACCUGGGGGGUGUGGUUACCGAUGGGUGUGGUUAA